CAUCAUGUCAGGCGUACAGGUCGUGGCUGAAGGCAACCCGCGCAAAGGCGCGAUGGACGUGGAUGAGAGGGACCAGUGCAUUCACGAUAUUGUGAGCUGGUUCCAGCGUAAAGCAAACCUCGAGUCUGCGGCGGAGAAAAACGCUGAUAUUGAGGCGUUGGAGAAGACCCUGGGCAAGGAGAUCCCCGAGGAGUUGCGCAGUUUGCUAAUGACACAGAGCGGCGGAAUCUGGUUUGACGACUACAAGUCGCUGUCCGCAGAUGAUAUCAUCAACAAGGCAGAGACGCUUGCGUCUAUUAAGGGCUGGGAUUCUUCGUUAGUCCCCUUCGCAGUAAACGUGGAUGGCGGAGCGCUUGUUUCGGAUACUGGUUCAAGGAAUGCAGUGUUCGAGUUCAACGAAGACGGUAAAGGCGAUCGGCCACUCGCGCCGUCCCUCCUCGAGUAUCUUGAGAAGUACCGAAACCGCCUUCUGUCUGGAAAAUUUGACUUCGUCGAGGAUGUUGGACUGGUCGAACGCUCGCGAAAGUAAAACUCACGUUCAGGAUGAAUACGAGUUCAUUCGUGCUGCAACCAAACGACUAAACAUUUCGUCUGACCUUGCCAGGUGAUCCAACAAGUUCUAAACCUCUCUAUUCAUGCAAAAUGAUGACAGUUGAUCUAAACUUGUACAUGUUAUGUCGUACUCGUACACCUUAUAUGCAUGCGCUUCAUGCCGCCACUCUUUGCGUCCAUAUCCGCGACGUGUGCGUUUUCUUUUCGCUCAUCGAUGUCUUCAAGAAGUCGAUAGUGACGGCGACGUAAGAAGUAUCCAAACAUCGAUACGAAGAAGGCCAGCACGAGCAUAGUUCCAAUGAGUCCAGCGAUAGAAAUGUCUUCGGCACCGCCAGCCACGGUUUGAUCGGCAAUGGAAAAACUGAGUUUUGCACCAUUCAGUUCAAUCCGUCGAGCAAACGUCCCCAUGGAUCGCAAUGUGCUCGUCUCGUUCCCUAGCUGGUCUUGCAGGUUCUCGACAAUGUCGUUAAGUGACUUCUCCCCGAC